AAGCUAUUGGAGGCGGACCUUAACAGUAUACACAAAAAGUUAAUCGGCAAAGUUGUUUGCUUAUCGCGCAUAUUUCCUUACUUUUAUUUAUAUAAGCGGUUAUCUAUUUUAUAUUUUAUUUAAGUUAUUUUUUUAUAAGAGUGCAAAACUAGAUAACGUUUAAGUUAUUCAGCAAAAAAUCUUUUUCUUAUUGCAAGAAAUUGAAACUCAUCAGUGUGAUUGGAAUAACAUAGUGCCAAGUUUAGUAUGUAUUAGUGGAAGCUCUCGUAGGGUUUUGCCGCUCUCUCAUGUAAUUCAAUAGUUUUCAGCUCUUCACUAUGAAAAGCAAGUUUUAGAGAACAUUUUUUUUGUUGUUCAAUAAUUGUGGUAUUUUUUUGACGCCGACUCGAGUGUUUCUGCUUUUUUUGGAGUACAGCCUUUUUUUGGCUAACCUUGACGUUCUCAGUGAUUAAUAAAAAAAAAGAAUUGGCUGAAAUUCUUCUUUUUAGCAACUCUGUGAAAAUUGAUUUCUGUGCAUAAAUUAUUUUUUGAGAUUUUUAAAUUAAAUAUUAUUUAUUUAAACACAUCAUGGUUAAUUGUACUAUUAUUUUGGACAAAUAUACAUACAUCGCUGGGGAAGAAGUUACAGGUCGUGUGGAAAUUACUAAUUCCAAUUCCAUUACUAUUCGGAAUAUAUCUCUGGUAAUAAAAGGAAGUGGUAAAGUUGAAUGGUCAGAGUCAGAAUCCUAUACUGAGAAUGGGGAGAGUAAGACUCGCUGGAUUACGUAUUCCUCGCACGAGCAAUAUUUGAACAGUCGAACAAUACUGUAUGGGCAAGUGGAUGGACCAAACAUUAGUUUGCAACCAGGCAAUCAUUCUUUUGAUUUCAAAUGCUUCUUGCCCCCUGAGCUCCCUGGCUCUAUGUUUGGUAGCAAUGGGCGGAUUGACUACAAUGCCAAAGUAAAAUUUGAUAUUCCCUGGAGUCUCGACAAUACUUUCGAAAAAACUUUCAAUGUGGUAACCAGGGUGGACCUCAAUAGCAAUCCAAUCUGGAACAUUGCUGUUGAGAAUGAGAAAGUGAAGAACUAUUGCACAUGGAAAUGUUCCACUUCACCAGCCGUCAUUACGGUUACACUUCCAAAGACGGGAUUUGUAAAGCAUGAAAAACUUAAGAUUUCCGUUCACAUCUCAAAUCUCAGUCAUGUGGAAAUGGAAGGACUCCAGACGAAAUUGGUCAGAACCACCAGAUUCAAGAGUACUACUCCAAGCAGGAAGGAAAAAUCUGAAACCUCCAAAGUAGUCUACAAGAGAUUUGAUUUAAUGUCAAAAUCAAAAGAUCGCGUUAUUGAACUCGAUGCAAGUCUCGAAGUGCCAGAUACUCUAGUAACAUGCGAUCGUUCCGACAUAAUAACCGUUUCAUACGUCGUUGAGGUAGCUGUCUAUGUGUCUGGUUGCCACAAUACUGCUCGUCUCUAUAUUCCUGUAACUAUUGGUUCAAUCCCCAUGGCCCAAAGUAAUGCAGCUUCAAAUCAACAACCAACUCCACAUGCCCCACUUGCUCCAAUGCCCCCAGUAAUGCCCGUUGAUAGUAUGCCAAUUAUGCCACCUUUGCCACCUGGUUCAAUCCCGACACAAACCCCAUAUCCCAGUGCAGUAAAGUCUCCAACCGCGCCAGUUUUAGAUGAAGCAGCUCCACCUCCAUCGUAUUCCGAAGUCGUUUACGGUUGGAAGACAACAAAUGACGCAGACAAAAAGUAGAUUUUUAGGUAUAAAAUAUCUCAGGAAUAUUUAGAUUUUACGAAUUUUACUAAGGAUACGAGGAAGAAUACUCUUUAGCAUUAAACUCAAUAUUGUGCCUGUAUACUUGUGAAAGCUAUUUUGUACUGUUUGUGCUUUAUAAAAUAAAAUACAAAAAAGACAAAUAAAAAAAAUAUUACCCUU